AGUUCAUAUCAGAUACUUUGCCUUACAUGAGAGAGAAAUCAUGUGAAAUAUCAUCAGAAAACAAUGUAGUAAGUUAUUGAAAAAGAAUUAGGUUUUCUUAUCAAGGCUAAAACCAUAUGUUUGGAUAAAUUUGUAACUAGCUAUCAAUUUAGUAGCACUAAUUAAUUACCAUUCCUAAACUUGUAAUUAAGCGUAACAGUAAACUAUAAUUAACUCGAUAUUAUAACAAGAUAUUUCAUACAGCAAAUUGACCCCACCAUCCCUACCUAGUCUCGUUUUGCCGUUGCCAUCAUCUUCUACAUCAUACUUGCAUCACUUUAACCACGCUCUUGCCCUAACAAGUAACAACCACUUAAGUUGCACUACCACCUCUCUCUCUCUCUAUUGCUCUAAUGAGUAUGCAUUCUCCACUUGACACCCAAAACAACUAAGCCAAUUUCGCAACGCCCGAGAAACAAUGUUACCAUCGGGAGAUAACCCUCUUCACCCCUCUUUCAAAAAGCCUCCUUUUCAGCUUUACGAUCAAAUUCAAAACCCUAUAAUCGAUGAAUCCCUAUUUUUCUCCAACUUCCCCUCCCCAUUCUUCGAUGAACACCAAAUCAUCUUCCCGGACUUCCACUCCAAUUCCAAACCCCCCCUGCCAUCAUCAGAUCAUCACCCCCAAAAGAAACCCCCAAAACCUAAACAGAAACAAGCAAUCCCGAGGAAGAGGACUGGAAAGAAAGACCGGCACAGCAAGAUUUGUACUGCGAAAGGGAUCCGAGACAGGAGAAUGAGGCUCUCCCUUCAAGUCGCGAGAAAAUUCUUCGAUCUCCAAGACAUGCUGGGUUACGACAAAGCGAGCAAAACCAUCGAGUGGCUUCUCAGCAAAUCCAAGAAGGCGAUGAAGGACCUCACCAACACCAAGGAUGGUAAGAGUGAAUCUUUCGCGUCGGAAUGCGAGGACGUUUCCGGGGAGAACUGCUCGAAGAAUGAAGGUGUGGCCGACUGCAACGAGAGCUCAUUGAUCGGGAUAAAGCCAACGACGAGAGAGACGAGGGAGAAGGCUAAGGCGAAGGCGCUGUGCAGAACAGAGGAGAAGGUGAUGGUAAAGCGGGUCGAAUCGAGCCCUAAUCAGAAUGUUCUAGAGAAAUUAGGGUCUUCGAGCAGCAGUCCUCCAUUAGAUCGAGAAAGGGUUUGUGUAGCGGAUUGCGCCCCUCUCCUGCACGAUGUCGGAACAAUCGAGAAGCUUCUGGGGAGUUCCACUUCUGAUCAUUACAACUGCUCUAGUUUCAUGGGAUUUCUUGGAAACUGGGACCUGUUUGAGCAAUGAUCACAGACUAAAUUAAGGAGGAAUAAGAAUAUGAUUCUGAUAAUAAACUGGGAAGCUAGCCUAGUACUUGAUUAAAAUUCAAUAUGCUUGAUGAAAUCAAGCUGAUGGGAGAGAGUUUUUACAAGAUCACAAUGUGGCCAAAGUAAGUAAAUACUAGCUUUAUACUUUUUGAAGGCAUAAAUUUCGAGCUAUUAUCGCAUAUGGUUUAAGGUGGUAGUUUUCAAAAAUCAAAAGAAUGUUAGACGGAUUAUGAAAUCUUGCGAUAAUAUUGUGGUGGAACAUAAAUUUAGGUAUAUAUGCAUAUAUAAACUCUUGA